UCGUUUCGCAGAUGUUCCCGCUUUAGCAGUCUACAUUUGGAAUAAUGGUGGUGUUGUGUUUAUGAGAAUUGUGUCCCUUGCUUUCUACUAGUGUAUUUUGCUGUGUGGACAGCAUGUGUUAAAGCGAGGAAGAUCUGAUAAUGAGCGUCGAGUACCGAAUCGCGAGCUAAGAGGUGAUUUGGAUUACACGAUGCCGUUCGACUGGGUGGUGGUGUGACGACAACAGGCAUGGCAACGCCAGCUCACGCUCGAAUGGCUUGCCCUGAACAAAAAACCCCUGAAAGCGGAGACCAGGAGGGCAGUGAAAGCCUCAAGAACGGAACAUCGCUCGAAGACUCGGACGACUCGACCGGUAACGUGUUGGUCAAAAAUCGGGUUCGAUCUCCCGCGGGAAGCGCCGCCGGCAAUCAACAACACAGGGACAUGACGAUGGAUAACUUUCAAGAUGGAGGGACCGCUCCGCAACCUAAUAGUAGGCCUGCUAGCGCGAACUUGGAAGGUAGUUUUCCCGCUUCUAUGGACAGAUCGCGACUUGACUACCAGGCAUUCAAUCAAAGUACGAAUAGGGAUAAUGAGGAUUUCAGGAAUUCGCAGGAGAAUUACAACCACGGCGGCAGCGGUUGCGAUCUGAGCUACGGUCGGGGAAGCUAUGCUAGUGGCGGUGAUCAACAUGGCGGACAGGGAAAUACCAGUGAUAUGACGACAAACUCGCAGUCAAAUAAAAUGUAUCCACAAUAUAAUCAGCCCCAAAUGAGGCCAGGCUAUUCCCAAGCCCCUCGGAGCAUCAAUAUGGGACCCCAACAGAGGUCGCCGGGGCCCGCAAUGGGCGGUGGUUACCCGGGCGGCAAUAACUCUCAACAACAGAGGUUUCUAUCGGGGCCCAGUUUAUCUCAACAAACGGGGCCCACCCCGACACUGAACCAAUUGCUUCAAGCUCCUAACUCAUUGCAAAGAUAUCAUAACAAUUACGAUUACAGUGCGAGUCAGGGGUUGCAUAAAAACAUGGGGGAUCCUAAUACGUCUCAGUAUCAGGGCCCCAAUAGUUCGUGGGGUAAUAUGAGAGGGUCCUCAGGUUACCCUCAACAAAUGUCAUCUUCUAUAUACAGAAAUCAGGGUGGUCCUAUGCCUGAUCCAUCCAUGAAGCGGCCAUAUAUGUCUCCCAACCAGUUGUCAAGUCCGGCAGCUGCUGCUCCUUCUCAAGGACAAUAUCCCCAUCAGUAUCACCCUUACAGUCAAACUCAACCUCAGGGUGCGCCAGUCAGGCCCAUAAAUCAGAACUACCCUCAACAGAGUGUUCAACAGUACUCGAACAUGCAGCAACAGCAGCAUGGCCCUUCACAGUCAUCUCAAAUGUCUCCUGCUGGUGGUUAUGAUCAUCAGCGCCAACCUCAGAUGGGCUCAUAUGGUGGCCCACCUGCUGCUCCUCCAGCCCAACCUGCUCAGCAACAGCAACAGAAUCAGCCUGCCUCCCAACAGCAACCUCCUCCCCCUCAAUCUUCUCAACAACAACAACCUAUGCAACAGCAACAAACGCCUCCCUCACACCAACAGCCGCCACCUCAUACCCCUCCUUCACAGCAACAACAACAACAGCAGCAGCAUAUUCCACCACCACCACCUUCGUCACAGCAACAGCAACAACAGCAGCAGCCUCAACAGCAGCAACAGCAAGUAACUCAACAACCGUCUCAGAAAUGCUGGAACAUAAAAAAGAAGAAAAUUUGACGCAGAACAAUUAUUGACCUUGCCUUUUUUUUACUUCUUUUCAUAAAUCUAAUGGAAUUUUUUAGCAAUAAAGACUCUAAUUGCAAAGCAAAACAACGCCUGAGUAAGGCAGUGCAUCAGCCCACAGUUAACUCUGCUUAUCGGAAGGAACUUAAAUUAACCGCAGAAGAGGGAAGCUAAUUUUUUAUGCAUAUUGAUAUGUCUUUAAAUUGUGCUUUUACUUGUAAGAAAUGGAUUAUUAUAGUCUUCAGUUUAACA